CCUCCCGAGGUGCGAAACGUUUUUCUUUUCUUUUCUCACCGUCCCCACAGGAACAGAGAGCUACCCAAUCCUCACCCGCGGCAGAGAAGGCAGCGGCGGCGCGCGUCGAGCUAGCACCGAGCGAUUCUCCUGGGAGCACCUAGCCGGCCAAGAUAACAAGCACAGCAGCCCCGUUUCUCUCCCUCAAAAAGCAGAGUGAGCAUGGUUCAUCCAUUUGAUUGUGUUCCCAGCUGAGGCUGCUUGGUCAUCUGCUGGAACGGCGCCUGGAAAAAUGGCGUCCACCCUUCUCCCGACCUUAUUGCCGCCAGUUUCACGUGCCGUCGCCUUCCUCCUCCGAACCCCACCAAAACCCUUCCGCUCUCACCAUCCGCUUUUCCGCAGCCUCCCCGCCUCAGCUUCUUCCCCAUCAACCCCUCCUACUUACCACUCCCUCGUCACCAUGGCCUCCGCGGGUAUCCCUGCGCGCCGGGACCUCCUCAUGCUUGGCAUUGAGACCAGCUGUGAUGACACUGCUGCUGCCGUGGUUAGAGGCGAUGGGGAGAUCCUUAGCCAAGCGAUUGCUUCCCAAUCAGAUUUGCUUGUGAAAUGGGGCGGUGUCGCUCCUAAGAUGGCCGAAGAAGCUCAUGCGCUUGCUAUUGAUCAGGUUGUUCAGAAAGCACUCGAUGACGCAAAUGUGUCAGAGACUGAUCUUUCUGCUGUGGCCGUGACCAUUGGACCAGGGCUUAGUCUAUGCCUUAGAGUUGGUGUUCACAAAGCUCGGAAAAUAGCAAAAGUAUUUGGCUUGCCUAUUGUUGGAGUUCACCAUAUGGAGGCACAUGCUUUAGUUUCCAGGCUAGUGAACAAGGACCUUGAUUACCCUUUUUUAGCUCUUCUAAUUUCAGGACACAAUCUUCUUGUACUCGCUCAGAACCUUGGUGAGUAUGUUCAACUGGGAACUACAAUAGAUGAUGCAAUUGGUGAGGCAUAUGACAAGUCAGCAAGAUGGCUGGGUCUUGAUAUACGGAAAGGUGGUGGUCCUGCUCUUGAGGAGCUUGCCCUAGAAGGUGAUCCAAAUUCUAUUAAAUUCACAGUUCCGAUGCGACAACAGAAAGAUUGCAAUUUCUCUUAUGCUGGUCUGAAGACUCAAGUUCGAUUGGCUAUUGAAUCCAGAAAUCUGUGCACAGAUGAUAUCCCCAUUUCUUCUGCAACAGAAGAAGACAGACAACUAAGGGCGAACAUUGCUGCCUCUUUUCAGCGGAUUGCUGUUCUACAUUUGGAGGAUAGAUGCCAGCGAGCAGUUGAAUGGGCAUUGAAGAUGAAACCUUCAAUUAAAAACUUUGUAAUGCAGGUUGUUUCAGGUGGUGUUGCUUCUAACCAGUAUGUUAGGACCCGCUUGAAUCAUAUUGCUGAGAAGAAUGGCCUACAGCUCGUAUCCCCUCCCCCAAGUCUUUGUACUGACAAUGGUGUCAUGAUUGCUUGGACUGGAAUCGAGCACUUUGUUGCCGGUAGAUUUGAAGAUCCACCUCCCGCUGAUGAGCCUGAUGAUAUGCAGUAUGACUUGCGUCCAAGAUGGCCACUUGGUGAGGAACAUUCAGAAGGAAGAAGUGUUUCACGAUCACUGAAAACGGCUAGGAUCCAUCCAUCACUUACAUCCAUGACACACAGCUCUCUCCACAACUAGUAUGUGUUGAUAUUCUGGAUCAAAAUACAAUUGCAUCUCACAAGGAACUGCAUAUCAACAUGUCACAAGGAAGAAGAACCGUCUACAUAGAAGGCGCCCAAACCUUGGGCAACUUGUUAAGUUCUACUUACAUGCACAUGGAUCAGAGUUUGAGAAAUAGAACGCUUACCUGAUGAUCCUGCAGGACUGCAUUGGCUGCUAUCGGUCUGAAGCUUCUUGCAUCUUGAUUCAUAUUCUGCUAGAAAUACUCUUGUAGAAAGUGCUCAGGCUCUAAAUAAAAAGUAAGCAUUGCGAGACAUGAAAGGGUGGAAGUACAGCUGCCAACUUGGAUUUUUAGCUGUCCUAAUGAGUCACAUCGUUCAUGAUGGAAGUGCUAUUUUUCUUCAGCGUUUUUUUACAGGACUGUAUUUGAAAGUCAUGUGGAUACUGUACCAAAAGGCAACUGAAACAAUCAACAAUGAAUGAACUACAACGCGAAUACA